AUGACGUGGGUGUAUACAGGGAAGCAAGUCGUCUACCAUGCUCGACAACAGAUAUCAGAUGAUACCAGCCCCAAGGGCCUUGCCGCCAUGAACCGGGAAAUUGAUACGCUCCAGGAUGAACUAUCGACCAUCAAAACUGAUGAGAAAAAGGCCCGUGCCGCUCUGUUGGCCUUGGAAGCUAAACCUCGACUGUCCGAGCUGCAGCGGGAUAUCCAGCGGCUGAAGAGUGAGCAAGAUGAUAUUCAAGCGCGCUUGGCGAGAAUACAGAAAACCGAAGCCAUUCAAGUUUCCUCCGAGGAGCGAUCAAAGCUGGAGCACGAAUGGAAAACAUGGCAACGACAGGCUGUGAUUCGUCGACGGAUUUGUCGUGAUCUGUGGGGACGAUGCACAGAAGUGUUGCCCGAGAACACGACUGCGGCAGAGCUCUGGGUGAAUACAUCCUUCUUCCUUACCACACGGGCUUCUUCUUGGGUCGUGCCGGUGCUAACGUGGCUGACAGGAGUCCUUGGGGCUUGA